UGACGUGAAGGAUCAUAAACGAUGUUCUAUAAGAACCAUUAACCAACACGACUUUCAACAAGGUUACGUUGCCAUGAAGGACCCAGUAAAGCGAUCGUGCUGGGUGAAGCCUCUUGGUGAAAGGGAGACAUAUGAAGAAACGAAAAGAAUCAUGGACAGUGGAAUUGAUAUGACUCAAGUUAAUGAAAAGUGGCUCGUGCCUGAACGAUCUCUGGAUAAGGACCAGGUGGAGAGAGAGGUCGGAAGUCUUCUCUCAGACUUCUGUUCUGACUCGGAUGUCUUCAUGCUCAAACGAGGUGCACAAGGCCUUAGUGCAGGGAGGGAUAGCUGCACCAAUCACUGCGGAUUUUGUGUGGUUGAAGGAAUUCCAGAAACCAGCCCACAGUACUAAUGCCUUCCCGGUCUUGUGUACUUUGCUAAAAAGAAAGAAAAAAUAGAUUACGCUUCAAGUAGUUGUGUUUUGCAUCCAACUAAAAAACUUCAAAAUUAAAGUUGCAUCAUGAA